AUGCCGAUACCGCCGAUACCGAUGCCAAUGCCACUGGCCAUCUAGUGAUCCAGUUUAUCUAGUGACCCAGUCGUCCGCGGAAAGUGCGUGUGUGUUUAUCAGCGAGUGACUACUAGACUUCCACUUGGAAUAGUUCGGGUUCUGAGAAGUUGGACUGUAGCUUAUUUAUUUUUUAAUCAAUUAAACCGUCAAACAAAUGGUCACCUGCGGCCGUCAAACGUUCAACAUGCUGCCCAUGGCGCCGACGAGUCCUUUUGUCAGCAGCAGCUCCUCCGUAGCCACCGCUGCUGCUGCCGCCUCCACAUCCGUGCCCGUGUCCAGUGCCACCACCUCCGUGAGCAGCAAGCCCAAGCUGGCCUUCAGCAUCGAUUCGAUCGUGGGAGCGGACUCCGUUAGGACUCCGGCCGCUCCGCUAAGGGUCAGCGUGAUAUCCUCGCCGGCGGAGCGCAGCGAGAGCCCGUCGUCGCCUAGGAACACAGGCACGCGGUCACCGCGCGGAUUCAUCUACUGUCGGCGCAGGGAUUCCCUGGAUAGAUCGCGCAGUCCGCCCAGGUCGCCGGCCAGCCGAUCGCCAACGCCAGGACCCACGCCACCGAGUGCCGGAGCAAAGGCCACCCCGCAAUCGGCUGUAGAUCCUCCGCCAGGAACCCUCAUCCGUCCCAUGCCUCUGCCGGCGCCAAAUCUAGCUUUAAUCCAGAAUCGCACCUCGCCAACCGCGAUGGCAGUGCGAGUGGCGGCCGGACCGCCGCAUCCACCACCACCCCCCUUCCUCGCCGCCCAGUUUCAAAUGGCCGCUGCCCUGGCUCAUCACCACCAGCAGCAACAACAACAGCAGCAGCAACAGCACCCCCAUCCCCCAGUGCCAACUGGACCGCCACACGGUCCGCCCCCACAUCUGCCUCCUGGCCAGAUACCCAUUGGUAUCUUUCCGGGUGGGCCCCAUCCCGUCCAUCCGCCGCCACACGGUCAUCAUCCCUUCGCGACGGCUCCACACCUAAUCCGCGACAGCUAUCCACUGUAUCCGUGGCUCCUCAGUCGGCACGGACGGAUUUUUCCACGAUUCCCGGGCAAUUUCCUGUUCCAACCAUUCCGCAAACCAAAACGCGUUCGCACCGCCUUCUCGCCAACGCAGCUGCUCAAGCUGGAGCAUGCCUUCGAGGGCAACCACUACGUGGUGGGAGCUGAGCGCAAGCAGUUGGCCCAAGGACUCAGCCUGACCGAGACGCAGGUCAAGGUGUGGUUUCAGAACCGCCGAACCAAGCACAAGCGUAUGCAGCAGGAGGGCGAUGGCAGCGACACCAAGAGCAACAAGGGCAGCUCCUCGGGCGGCGGAGGCGCAGGCGAUGGCGAGGAUGACGGCAAGCACGAUGGCUCCGGGUCCCAGCACAGCUACGAGGACGCCGAAGAUCCAGAGGAGGAUGACGAGAUCGAGGAGGACGACGACGAAGACGAGGUGAUCGACAUGGACGACUAUGGAAGUGAGAUGGAUGCGGAGGAGCAUCAGCGACUGCGAGAGCAGUUUCAGCAGCAGCUGGCGCAGCACCAGCAGCAGUUCCUCCAGCAUGGCGGCGGCGAUGCCUCCUCUGCCGCCCUCAGUCCACAGCAGCAGCAUCAGUUGCUUCAGCAGCACCAGCAGCAGCAGCAACACUUUCUGCAACAGCAGCAGCAAAUCUACCUAAGGGAGCGGGAAAGGGAUCGGGACCGCGACAGGGAACGGGAGCGGGAAAAGCACUAACUGACUUCGUUUGCCAAGCAUCCAACGCCGCCGCUAUUUUGUGUUCCUUGAAAAUCUUGUAAAUUAUUUGUCAGCUGUAUAGAUUAAUUUAAUUUGUUUACAACCUUAAGCAUAAAUAAUAAAAAAUGAUUACAAAUGAAA